AUGAAGAAGAGCCCCGGGGCCACAGCGAACUCGGGAGCAGCCACCUCCACUGCGGACAUUAAAAGGCUGGUCCCUCCUGCUGAGGCCAGUCCUACUUUCGGAGAAGCUUAUAGUGCCGAACCGUUGCUGGGCCCAAACUUUGCCCGGGACAGUCGCCUAACCACGGUUGGCAGGUGUGGCCUGCAGGUGCCACGGAGGAAAGAGAAGUGGGAACGGGGCACCAUGGCAACUUCCGUGGUCAACAUGGACGCUUCCGAGGCCCCCAUGCCGUCCGAGACGUACGAGAACUACCAGCCGGCCAAUGUUGAGAAGGAGUACGAAACGCACUUCGAAAAAGACUUCCCAUUGUCGAAGCCGCUCCUGCAACGUUUCUGUUCCACCAGCCGGCUCCUUCUGGUCUUAAUGGUGUUCAGCGGUGCGCUCAUCCUCUCGGUCAGCAUCCUGGGCAUUCAAGAUUUUCAGUUCAGCAAAAGUCUCCAAGGAACUCAGGCAGGCGUGGAGAAUAUUACUCAGAGGAUUAAGCAGCAGCUCAGCAGCCUCAAAACCAAAAGGAACAGCACUGAGGGGAGACUGGAGGAGCUGAAGAAAAUGUUGGAAAAGGAGGUCGAUCGGAUGUUGCACGUGCUCCAUAUCACCCAGACUCAGAUGGUCAUGCUGGAAAAGAAUUCCAGGUCUUUGCACUGCGAAAUUAUCGAACUGAAGAGCAACGGGAGCAUGAGCGGGUGCUGUCCCCGAGGGUGGCUGACCUUCCACACCAGUUGCUACUGGACCACCCUGUCCAGAGGCACCUGGGAAGAGGCCAAAAAAGACUGCGAAGAGAAGAAAGCUCACCUGGUCAUCCUCAACUCGGCCAACGAGAAGGCCUUCGUAAAGACCCACAGACUGGGGAGCAACACCUGGAUCGGCUUGACCGACAGCAGCGGGGACUGGAAGUGGGUGGAUGGAUCGUCCUAUACCGUUGACCCGAAGGACUGGGGCCCAGGCCAGCCAGACCACUGGUACGGCCACGGCCUCGGGGGCGGCGAGGACUGCGCCCACAUGAGAGAGGACGCCCUGUGGAACGACAACAUCUGUUCCCGCACCUUCACUUGGGUGUGCGAGAUGGAGCUGGGAAUCUGAACCCCACCACAGC